AUGCUCAGGGAAACGUUACGCCAAUACGAUGCACCGCUUAUAACCGAUGUUUCAAGGGCAAAGAUCUUCAUUGGGAAGGUAGGGACUAAGCAAAGGACCAGGUUCGAGUUUAGGUCCCGAAACUUGCUCGUAGAGGAGGUGGUUGCACCUAAGCGGCAGGCAAGUCCUAUCGAGGCAAAAAGUAAUCUUAAGAAGCGCAAAUUUGGUGUAACAUCAAUCACGCCGAUACGAGCCAACGAAGUAGAUUCCACUACUGAGGACGAGGUCGUGGAUGAAUCGGAGACUGAAGACGAAGCACCAAAUGAAGGACAGAUUACUCCGCCGCUGUCACCUCCAACGACUAGUAACGAUGCGCCUUGUGUAACAGUGUUUGAAAAUCCGUCGAACGACGAUAUCGUCUGGGUUGUCAAGAUCGACUGGCUAGAAGCUUGUGUAUCUGCAGGCCAUGUGGUUCCACUGGGGGACAACUUGGUUUACAAGGGCAAAGUCCUAGAACGCCCGAAACCAAAGAACACAAAGUCUAUCAAGGAUAUCAUCUUGGCCACUUCGAAAGUGAAGCCUGCAACUCAGACCGUGUUGGCUACACGACCUCAUACUGCGCAAGACAUUCUGGAUCGAGCAAAGUUGGAUGCACCUACAUCUGCAAAAAAGACUACGUAUCAGGCCCCCCGGUUUUGUAAUAACGCGUCUCAUCGUUUCGAAGGCAAGGCCUUUGUACCUUCCCAAACGGUUCGUCACUCAUAUGCUUCGCAAGCGGUGUAUCUACUCCAGCAAACGACGAGUGAGUAUGAAGGCGAAGAUAGUGACAUCCCAGCACCUCCAGAGUGGGUGAAGAAUUGUGUGAAGUACGCCUGCCAGCGUUUCACGCCUGCAAACGGGCCUAAUGAGGACUUUCUUGAGCAGCUCAAGAAAAUCAGGACUGCUCGGACUCUGAUCGACGACGAUAUAGGUGUCCGUGCUUACUCCACAAUCAUCGCGUCUAUUGCUGCCUACCCAUAUAAACUUAGUCAUCCGCGUGAGCUUGCGCGGUUGCCCGGGUGUGAUGAGAAAACAGUAGCUCUCUUCGUUGAGUGGAAGAACACUGGUAAAAUCCAGGCAGUCGAAGACUAUGAGAACGACGAGGCAAUGAAAGUCCUCCGCUGCUUCUAUAAUAUAUGGGGCGUCGGUGCAAAGACUACUCGUCACUUUUAUUACAAUAAUCACUGGAAAGAGCUAGACGACAUUGUUGAAUACGGUUGGAAUGACUUGAAACGAGUCCAACAGAUUGGCGUCAAAUACUACGAAGAGUUUUUGUUACCGAUCCCGCGCGACGAGGUCGAACGUAUUGCCGCUGUUGUUCGAGAGCAUGCAGUGCGGCUCCGUGACGAUCGCGUCACCGUCACGCUUGUCGGUGGCUAUAGACGUGGCAAGACUGAAUCUGGGGACGUUGAUAUGAUCGUGUCGCAUCCUGAUCUCGAAAGUACAGCAGGCUUGGUACAAGAAAUCGUCGAGUCGCUGGAAGAGACUGAGUGGAUAACACAUACCCUUACGAUGAGCUUGACGAGUACGAAUCGCGGUCAACAAGUACUGCCAUUUCGCUCUACAAGGGUUGCUGGCGCAGGGUUCGACACACUUGAUAAGGCACUUGUGGUAUGGCAAGACCCUACGUGGCCGACACGCGAAGAGGAUUUGGCGGAGAAUCCUAAGACGAAGAAUCCAGCUAUUCACCGCCGAGUGGAUAUCAUCAUUGCACCUUGGCGAACCGUAGGAUGUGCAGUUAUGGGCUGGAGUGGCGGCACCACGUUCCAGCGAGACCUUCGACGCUACGCAAAGGCUGUCAAAGAGUGGAAGUUUGACAGCAGCGGCGUUCGAAGUAGAAGUACUGGCGAGGUCAUCAUGUUGGAGGGACCAAAUGGGGUAGAUGGCAUGCCUGAAGAUGCGGAGAAGAAGGUAUUUGAAGGGCUGGGCCUGGAGUAUAUCCCUCCUGAGUAUAGGGUCACCCAUUGA